AUGGUGAUAUCAAGCAGCGUUGUUGCAAAACUCAGGAUUAAACCAGUCUACAGGAAACCAGAGAAUUUCAAACGACUUCAAUCUGUCUUUUCAGCUACUGAGGUGCUGCUUGAACGCACUUAUCACUGGACACAGUUUUGGUCUCCGCUCGGUCGUCGAUUCAACGCUUCCGAUGAUGCAAUUUCUUUGGCUUAUGACAUUGCCUACACUUACAUUCAACCAUCGAUCAUUGUUCUUAGCAUUCCGACGACAGCAAUUGCUGCUAUUUGCACGCUCACCAAUGAUCGCUUGGCCCUACCAAUACGUUUUUGGGCUGCCGCCGAAAGCAUGAUAAAAUGCUUGAACUGUCUUUGGCUGGUAGCGGAAAUCAUUUGCCUAGACUAUUUGAAUUGCGUCGAGUUGAGCUAUAAAUUCAAAAAAGAGGAAAAGAAACUCUCGCGAACGGAGCGUCUUCUGAUGCUUCAAAUGAUUGUCUCAUCGUUUCAGCGUUUGUUGAACACAAUAGGCUGGUGGGUGAUCGAGAUUCCCGUGAGUCUCCUCACCGACUACAAAAUUUUCGGACUCUACGACGCCUGUCAAUCCGUCGUCUACAACUAUUUCUUUUUCUAUCUUCUUUUGAGUCUGAUCACGAUUUUCUUUCUGCGUAAACGAGAUGAUGAAUCGAAGAUCACUCGCGUAGAAACAGCAAAGCCAAGAAGGAUCCCACUUGGAAAA